AUGAUGAAACGAACGGCUGUUCCCCUCUUUUUGGCUGCUUUGAUGGCUCCGACAGCCGCAUUCUUGUUGCCUCAACCGCGCAAAUGUACCAGCACGCAGCUAUUUGGGGAAAUCUUCAAGGGGACCGUAAAAUGGUUUGACGACACGAAAGGAUUUGGAUUUAUCACCCGAGAUAACGAUGGCGAAGAGUUCUUUGUGCACCAAACGGGCAUUCAAGCCGAUGGUUUUCGUGCUCUGGAGGACGGUUCUGCAGUCGAAUUUCAAGUUGGGACGGCCGACAAUGGCAAAACCAAAGCGGAAAAAGUGACAGGCCCUGAUGGGAAACAAGUACCAAGAGGAUAUGCCUACAAAAAGAGGGAAGAGUAG